AAAAAAACGGUUACGGCUUUGCAGACGCCGACGCCUCCUGGAGCCUGGUAGUAUCAGCCAUGGUCAACCCCACUGUGUUCUUCGACAUUGCUAUCAACGGUGAGCCCUUGGGCUGCGUCUCCUUCGAGCUGUUUGCAGACAAGUUUCCAAAGACAGCAGAAAACUUUCGUGCUCGGAGCACUGGAGAGAAAGGAUUUGGUUAUAAGGGUUCUAGCUUUCACAGAAUUAUUCCAGGGUUUAUGUAUCAGGGUGGUGACUUCACACGCCAUAAUGGCACUGGAGGCAAGUCCAUGUACGGGGAGAAAUUUGAUGAUGAGAACUUCAUCCUAAACCAUACAGGUCCCAGCAUCUCGUCCAUGGCAAAUGCUGGACCCAACACAAACGGUUCCCAGUUUUUCAUCUGCACUGUCAAGACUGAGUGGUUGGAUGGUAAACAUGUGGUCUUUGGCAAGGUAAAAGAAGGCAUGAAUAUUGUGGAGGCCAUGGAGUGCUUUGGGUCCAGGAAUGGCAAGACCAGCAAGAAGAUCACCACUGCUGACUGUGGACAACACUAACAAGUUUGACUUGUGUUUUAUCUUAACCACCAGACAUUCCUUCUGUAGCUCAGGAGAGCGCCCUCCACCCAUUUGCUCGAAGUAUCCUAAAAUCUGUGCUCUCCCUGCAGUUCCCUUUGGGUUCCAUGUUUUCCUUGUUCCCUUCCAUACCUAGCUGGAUUGCAGAGUUGAGUUAAGCUUAUGAUUAUGAAAUAAAGACUAAAUAACAACAACAACAAAAAAUGGUUACAACAAAGUGGUCACCAGUGGAUACAUGACUGAAAGGCUCAGGAAUGCACCCCUGUCCCUGACUCA